UAACCACCCUGUUCUGAAAAAUGGUUACACCCACUCCUGUUCUAGACCAGAUAGAGCCGCUACCACUCUCUGGGCUUGAGGGGAGUCUCCUAUCCGGAUGUGACAAUACGAUGACCCGGAAAAGGAGGGAGCCGGGGCAGUAGGGCCUCGGCCGCGACUAUGGAGGGAGCCGGUUACAGGGUGGUGUUUGAGAAGGGAGGCGUGUACCUGCACACCAGUGCCAAGAAACACCAAGACCCAGACUCCCUCAUCGCCGGCGUUAUCCGUGUCGUGGAGAAGGACAAUGAUGUCCUCCUGCACUGGGCUCCUGUAGAGGAGGCUGGAGAUUCUACCCAAAUCCUCUUCUCCAAGAAGGAUCCCAGUGGGGGUGACUCCUGCCCCUCUGAAGAGGAACCAACCUUCGACCCUGGCUAUGAACCCGACUGGGCCGUCAUCAGCACCGUGCGGCCACGGCCUCGCCACUCAGAGCCCAUGAGAGGUGCAGAGCCCAGCUCCCCCCGGGGCUCCUGGGCCUUCUCGGUGAGUCUGGGGGAGCUCAAGUCCAUCCGCCGUUCCAAGCCGGGCCUCAGCUGGGCAUACCUGGUCCUGGUCACGCAGGCCGGAGGCUCCCUGCCCGCUCUGCACUUCCACCGCGGGGGCACCCGCGCCCUGCUCCGUGUCCUCAGCCGUUACCUGCUCCUGGCCAGUUCCCCGCAGGACUCCCGCCUCUACCUUGUCUUCCCACACGACUCCUCGGCCCUCUCCAACUCCUUCCACCACCUGCAGCUUUUCGACCAGGACAGCUCCAACGUGGUGUCUCGCUUCCUCCAGGACCCCUACUCCACCACCUUCAGCAGCUUCUCCCGCGUGACCAACUUCUUCCGGGGGGCCCUGCAGCCGCACCCGGAGGGCACCUCCCCCGACCUGCCUCCGGCCCCCGAUGAUGAGCCCGAGCCUGGGUUCGAGGUCAUUUCCUGUGUGGAGCUGGGGCCGCGGCCGGCCGUGGAGCGGGCACCUCCGGUCACAGAGGAGGAGUGGGCCCACCACGUGGGUCCCGAGGGCCGUCUGCAGCAGGUCCCUGAGCUGAAGGCCCGCAUCUUCUCAGGGGGUCUGAGCCCCAGCCUUCGGCGGGAGGCCUGGAAGUUCCUCCUGGGGUACCUGAGCUGGGAGGGCUCUGCCGAGGAACACAAGGCCCAUGUGCGCAAGAAAACGGACGAGUAUUUCCGCAUGAAGCUGCAGUGGAAAUCUGUGAGCCCCGAGCAGGAGCGGAGGAACUCAUUACUGCACGGAUACCGCAGCCUCAUAGAGAGAGACGUGAGCCGCACCGACAGGACCAACAAAUUUUACGAGGGCCCCGAGAACCCGGGGCUGGGCCUGCUGAACGACAUCCUCCUCACCUACUGCAUGUACCACUUUGACCUCGGUUACGUCCAGGGCAUGAGUGACCUUCUCUCCCCAAUCCUCUACGUCACUCAGAACGAGGUGGAUGCCUUCUGGUGUUUCUGCGGCUUCAUGGAGUUGGUGCACGGGAACUUCGAGGAGAGUCAGGAGACCAUGAAGCGGCAACUCGGGCAACUCCUGCUGCUCCUGAGGGUGCUGGACCCGCCGCUCUGCGAUUUCCUGGAUGCCCAGGACUCUGGCUCUCUCUGCUUCUGCUUCCGGUGGCUGCUCAUUUGGUUCAAGAGGGAGUUCCCCUUCCCGGAUGUCCUGAGGCUGUGGGAGGUGCUGUGGACAGGGCUCCCGGGCCCCAAUCUGCACCUGCUGGUGGCCUGUGCCAUCUUGGACAUGGAGCGGGACACCCUCAUGCUUUCGGGCUUCGGCUCCAAUGAGAUCCUCAAGCACAUCAACGAGCUGACCAUGAAGCUGAGUGUGGAGGACGUGCUGACGCGGGCGGAGGCCCUUUACCGGCAGCUGACUGCCUGCCGGGAGCUGCCCCACAACGUGCAGGAGGUCCUGGGUCUGGCGCCGCCCGCAGAGUCCCAGAGCCCGUCGCCCCCUGCCUCUCCACUGCCGCUGUCGCCCACCCGGGCCCCGCCGGCUCCGCCGCCCCCCGCGGACACAGUCCAGCAGCCGGACAGCAGCUUGGAGAUCCUGCCGGAAGAGGAGGAGGAGGAGAGCGCGGACUCCUAACCCAGCCGCGCACCGGCCAGCCGUCGGCUCAGCGGCAGACACUCUUCAGCUCUCCCCCCACGACCCAGUCCCUCCUGGAGGCUGGGGAGGGGAGGGGAGGGGGUUGGGUUCUUGAAACUGACACUUUUCCUGUCCAGUCGGCCUCGAGUAGGUGGAGGAAGGCAGCCACCACGUUGGCUUGGCCCUGGAUUGGGAGGGGUUGGCUCGGGGUCUCCGCUGACCACCCUGCAGAGUCGUUGUCUGACCGCUGUGACCAUGGCCGGGCCAGUGAGGCAUAAGAGGAGGCCCCUCUGGGUGAGUGGUGGGGGUUUGUGGAGGCCAGGCUCCGUUACCUGCCUCAAUUUGGGGUUUUCGGAGGAGUGAGGAUGGGGUGCUGGGGUGCGGCUGCCACUUAGUAGAUGAGCAGGGCCACAUCCCGGCCAGAGCCGAGAAGGAAGGGCCUGCAGAGCUGCUCCCUCUGGGACUCUGCCUACCAGCUUCUUGUUAUGACAAAAGUAAACUCGUGUUUAACCCUG